AUGCCAAGUGGCAGACAUGACAAUCAACAACCUUCUCUUAGAGAGAGUCAAGAGGAAGAAGAAUAUGAACAGAAGUGGAAUUCUACUUCUCUUUCUCAGCAUGAUCAAGAAAUGAACCAAGUACACACACAGUUAAGCAUGCGUCAACAUCAACAACAACCUAGGUCGAAUGCAGAAAAACACCGCAGUGAUGGUGAAGAAGAAGAAGAGGGAGCAGAUGUGGUUGUCUACCCCUCUGGUGAUGUGAAAAAUGAUCAAGUGCGCAAUGCCAUGGCAAUCACCACCACUCCUCCUGCACUCACAAUCCAUGCAAGCAUGUUUGAUGGUUGUGGCAUGUCUCAUAAUAAUGACAUGAGUAACAACGCACGGGCUUACUCCAACAAGCACCAACAGCCUGCCACAUCCACAAGCUGUACACACAUGCACCAUCAUGUAAAAGGUGAUGAUGAUCGAAGCAGCAUGACGACACCUCCACAAUCAAUGGCUUCAGAAGGACAAAAUGAAGAAUUUCGCAUCGAUUCAUCGUUUAGCCAAGUUCCACAUCAACAAAAUUCAUCAUCCACAAUUUCUGCGGACCAGACCACAACAACCUGUUUACCUUCAUCCAUGCAUGAUCUUCAUCCUACAUCGCAUAUGACAUUGCAACAUUCCAAAGUCAAAGUACCAAAAUCCGCAUCAUCAAGAAAAAGAGCACCGUCUCAAUCGAAGGUAACACAUCUCGAUGCAUCCACAUCGCAACAAAUGCAUCGACAUUAUUCUUCAGGAAGCGGAGGAACAAGUACCGAAGAAAAUAGUGGAGCUGGUUCCUCAUCUCCAUUUGCCAUUGUAGAUGAAACGACACGAACAAGGAAGAAAGUGAAAAAAAAACGUAAUCAAUUAAUGACCUCUGGUGAUCAAACGGAGCACAAAGCAGGCAAGGUUAAGAUCUAUGCCUUUGAGCGACCUUUACUCAAUCAAAAUGCAAAUUUCACAGAAAAUUAUUUUAUAUUGACACCUACUGUCACGAAUGCAAACAAAGCAUCAAGUAGUACAAGUGGAAAUGCAUUAUCGUUGACGAAAACAUCAAUUUCAUCGAGUGGUGAUGAUGAAGGACAUCAAGCUAGCUUAAAUGUAGUGUCGAUGACGCCCUCUCCCAAAAAUUCUCAAAAUUUUCACAUUUCAAAAAAGAGAUCUAAAAAAGAGACGAACAAUGACGCAAAAACAACAUCAACAACACAUCAUUCGACAGCCUUAAUUCAAGAAUCAUCUUCAUCUCAACAUGCACCAACUGUACAUUCUUCAAACGAAAACAUGCAAGGAAAUAAUAAUAAUUUAAACUAUUCCUCAAUAUCUUUCCAAAACCAAUCCUCGUCUUCAUUGGAGGCCCAAAAAGCAGCAUUGGGAGAGUUCUUGAAACGUUUUUUACAGAGUACGUCCUCAACUGCAAGCACUUUUUUCUCACAACGAGCUCAAAUUCAACCACCAGUUCAGAGGGAACCUUCAUCAUCAAAUCAUCAGCAACAAACCCAACAGGAACCACAAUCUCAGCGAUUAUUCUUACAACAACUGGUUACCAUGGCGAGUGCAUUGAGUGGACAUGACCAUAGCAACCAACAACAAACAUCCAGUGACUCUGUAUUUCAAUCAACGUUGUCAUCAUUACCAGGUGGAGGUCAACAACAAGUAGAUCCUGAAGCAUUGAUUUCAAUCAUCGAUUCAAUCCUAACAAGAGAAAUGACCAAUCGAUCUCACGCAGCAUUAAUCACGAAUUCACCACAAUCCUCUUUUUCUGAACUUGCUCCAACAACAUCUCCAUCCACAACAUUGAUCAACUCUCCGUCUUCAUCUUCCUUUUCGGAUCAUGAUCGCAACAUGUUAAAUACAUUACCAUCCUCCAAUCGAUCGAACACCCUACCAACUUCUACUAAUUUAUCCUUUUCUAACCUUAAUACCCAAGAUACUUGGGAAGAACAGCGAUUACAAUCACUUUUUGGGUUGUCACAUCCACCUCAAUUACAAUCAACAGGAAUGCCUUUAAUUUCAUCUCAGCCAGUACAACAACAACAAUUCCAGGACCAAAACCAGCCAUCGCAAACACAGCAAGAGGUGAAUAUCAUGUCUGGCCAGACCACUCAACAACUAUUGGUGGAAACAUUAAGAAAUUUUUCGACACCAUCUCUUCAAACACAACAAAACCUUCCAUCCUCUUCGUUGUCUUCUCAUUUCCAACAACCCCAAUUAUCAAACACCACUCCCACCACCCUAACACCUAGCGAGUUUCCAAACGAUCCAAUCUAUCACUUAUCCUUUCAGCAACAAGUGUCAACUCAGAGCCAUAACCCAACAAUGCUUAAUAGCAUGGAAAUUUUUCAAUACUUGAGACAAGCAUCAAACAACGACCCUUUAAAGAUACUCUUCUUGCAAUGCCUUGCAAUUGUGCAACAACAAGAACAGAAGAAUCAUGAGCCUAAAAGAUAA